GUUCGGAUGCAUCCAUCCCACUGUGAAUUAUUGUUUUAUUUUAAGAUAACAAAUUUAGACCGAGGAAAAAUAAUAAUAUUAAUAACAAUUACCGAAGCAAACGCCGAAUAGUAUUUACUAUCAACAGAAUUCUGGGUUUCAUUUCGACGCAAGCUCGUAUUCGACACGUUCACCUUUCAAUCGUCGUGAUUCUGAGAUCCCACAGUGUGGGAAUGGGAAAUGAUGGAGGAUAAAGGGCCUCGUGUAGCCGACUACUUUGUGGUUGCCGGCCUUACCGACUCGUCCAAGCCUCUCGAGGAGGAGCUCCACUUUGACGAUGCCGGUCCCAAGUCUGUGAAACCCAAAGCUCCCAUCACCGACAUAGCUGUGGUGAUCCGCUCCCUGGGUGAAGAGGUACCCCCGGGUUUCACCUGUGUGGAAAGCACCCCCUCAGGCCUCUCUGCAGAGCUCAAUGGAGCCAGCCUCAGGGGCCCACAGAUCUUCUUGUGUUUCAAGCGAGGCAGAGAUAAGCCUCCACUGACAGAUCUUGGGGUUCUUUAUGAAUGGAAAGAGAAGCUGAAGCCUGGAUGUCACAUCGUCCAGACCACGCCCUCAGGUCGCCCUGCCAACAUCAGCAGCUCAUCUUCCCAACGCAUCUACAUCACCUACCGCCGUGCCCCGAAGAGCCAGCCCCAUACUUCACUGGCCGUCACUGAUGUCUGCAUUAUCAUUCCUGGCAAGGGGGAGACACCCCCCCACACCUUCUGCAAGGUGGACAAGAACCUCAACAGCAGCAUGUGGGGAUCUUCAGUCUACCUUUGUUAUAAGAAAUCUCUGGCUAAAGCAAACACAAUUGCAUACAAAGCAGGUCUGGUGUGUAGGUACCCUGAAGAGGACUAUGAGUCCUUCCCACUGCCUGAGUCAGUGCCUAUGUUCUGCCUGCCCAUGGGAGCUACGGUCGAGUGCUGGCCAGCGCACACCAAACACUCCCUGCCUGUUUUUUCUACAUUUGUGCUGACAGGGGCGUCUGGAGAAAAAGUGUACGGAGCUGCCAUCCAGUUCUAUGAGCCUUACUCAGAGGAGAACCUGUCUGAGCGUCAGCGCUCCCAGCUCGGCCUGCCAAGCUCUGAUCUCGGACCUGAUGGGACCAGAAGUGUUUACAGCAACAAGAGCAUCUGUCUGCUCUCCCACUGGCCCUUCUUCCAGUCCUUCAGGAGCUUUCUCACUUUCCUCUACAGAUACUCCAUCUCUGGACCACAUGCUCUGCCUAUUGAAAAGCAUAUAUCUCACUUCAUGCAAAAUGUGCCAUUCCCCUCCACCCAGAGACCACGCAUCCUAGUGCAGCUGUCUCCACAUGACAGCCUGAUUCUGAGCCAACCUGUCUCUUCUCCACUGCCUCUCAGUGGUGGAAGCCUCUCCACACUACUGCUGAAUCUGGGCCCAAAAAACGCAGCCACUCUGCUGGUGUUGGCAGUCACGGAGCACAAGAUCCUGGUUCAUUCCCUGCGUCCAGCUGUACUCACCAGUGUUACAGAGGCGCUUGUUUCUAUGAUCUUUCCCUUCCACUGGCCGUGCCCCUACAUCCCUCUGUGCCCUCUGGCCCUGGCCGAUGUGCUCAGUGCGCCGUGUCCUUUCAUUGUGGGUGUAGACUCUAGAUACUUUGACCUUUACGUCCCCCCGGCUGACAUCAGCUGUGUGGAUCUGGACACCAACACAAUCUCCCAAAAAGACGACAAGAAGGCUUUAACCUGGAAAAUCCUGCCCAGGAGAGCCUGCAAAUAUCUCCUGAAUACCCUGAAUAAGCUCUAUCAGCAGCUCACUGAGGGUGGCCAGCUGAACCGCGAAGAUGUGCAGAUGGAACACACAGUGACUGACAGUGAGCUCAACGGGGGGAAGAGCCUCCACACUCUGGAGCUGGAGAUCCAGGAGGCCUUCCUGCGGUUCAUGGCGGCCAUUCUACGAGGCUACCGCUCAUACCUGCUGCCCAUCACCCAAGCACCCUCUGAGACGACCACUGAUGCCAGCUCCCUCUUCGACCUCCAAGGCUUCCUGAAGAGCAGAGACCGCUCCCAUCAGAGGUUUUACUCUCUCAUGACCAAGACUCAAAUGUUCAGCCGUUUCAUAGAGGAGUGCUCCUUUGUCAGUGAUAAAGAUGCUAGCCUGGCUUUCUUUGAUGAGUGUGUUGAUAAGAUGGACAGUGAACGGCCAGAGGACACCAGACUGAUCGAACUGGAUGAAUCCCACCGCAGUGAGCACACAGUUUAUAUCAACCCUCCAGAGCUGCCUCCACUACCACAGGGGGAAGAGCAUCCUCUGUGCUAUAGCUACUCUGGGUUCCCUGUGCUGAAUCCUGAGCUUCUGGAGCCACUGGAGGGACAAAAUCCUCCAUCAGCAGGCAUGGCCUCACGCCACAGCAGCCCAGCCAGCCCUACGGCCAUCUUUAGACGCUCCAAACAGGAGAUCAAAUCAGCUCAAAGGAUGGCCAAAACCUAUUCAUCUAUGCCUCAGAUGUGGUCCAAGUGUCUGCUGCGACACUGCUACGGCCUGUGGUUCAUCUGCUUGCCAGGAUUUGUGGGGACCUGCCACUCUAAAGUGCGAGCUCUGCGCACAGCUUAUGACGUGCUGAGGAAGAUGCAGGACAAGAAGCUACAGGCUCCAGAUGAGGUGUGUUACCGUGUGUUGCUUCAGUUGUGUGGCCAGUACAGCCAGCCUGUCCUGGCUGUCAAGGUGCUGUUUGAGAUGAAAAAGGCUGGAGUUCAACCUAAUGCCAUCACCUAUGGGUACUACAACAAGGCGGUGUUGGAGAGCACUUGGCCCUCCACCACCAGGGGAGGCUACUUUCUGUGGAGGAAGUUGAGGAACGUGGUCCUAGGUGUGCUCCAGUUCAAGCAAGCAGGGAGGAAACAACAGACUCCUCACAGAGAUCCUCAACUUUCAGAUGGCAGUGAUCUUGACACAGUCAGUCAUGGGAGUCUGGACAGUGCUAAUGACUCUGCUGAGCGCACCUCCAUCGACACUGACUUCACUAAAAUGGACUCCAGUGACGAUGGAUUUAGCACAGGUGGACAGUCAGAUCAAGGCUACGAUUCAUUGUCCAAAGAGGAGGAAAGGCUGUGCGGCAGAGAGAUUGACAGCACACUGCUGGUGGAAGACAAAGGACCGAGGCAGUCCACACCUGACACUGAAGUUCCAGUCAGAAGCAUAUCUCCUUCUUCUAGAAGCUACAAAUCAACAGAUACCAGUGCAGGCAAUAGCAGCAGGCUGGUCUCCAGUCCAUCUAGUGACACCAUUCAGUGUGGAGUUCUGCCAAAGACAGAGAGGCCAAAAUCUCUGGACUUGUCUGGUGGACUGGGAGCUUUGAGGCUCACAGUGCCUCAUCUAGGCUCAGCGAAGCAGCAUCACCCAGCUCCUGACAGACUGCAUGGAGUAGAGGAAGAGGAGACAGAAGCUGACAAACAGAAACCUCCGGUGGAGAGGAGUGUGAGUUGCAGCGGUGCAGUGGAGAGGCCAGGUGCCUCCAUAGAGAGGAGUGUCAGCUUCAGUGCUGGGACUGUGAGGAGGACAGGUAUAGAGAUGGGGUUUGACCCUCUCUCGCUAAUGGCGACAGAGACGGUACAAGAGUGUGACCAGGACAACUGCAGCACACCAACCACCCGUCGCAACCUCGCUGAGGAGAUCGAGAUGUACAUGAACAACGGCAGCAGCCCCCUGAGCAGCCGCACCCCCAGCAUGGACCUGCAGAACCCCUCAAGCCCCUUGUUUCGAUCCGCCUCAUCUCCUCACACCUCACCGAGACCCUCCACUCUACUACGCUCCAACACACACCUCCCACUGCCCGUCAAACCCAAGGAGAGACUGAGGCCAUCACCAUCCCUUCCUCUGGGUGUCUGUAACAGAGAGAGGGAGAGGCCCUCCUCGUUAGUGUCACCCUCAUCUCCUUCUCCCUCCACCUCAUCAUUCUCCAUGGACUCUCUCCUCACACCAACUCUGGACAUCUUCAAGAGCAGCGUCAUAUCGGCAGGGAAGGGUGUGGCAGAGAAGGCCAGCCGUCUUUACUCUCGUCUGUCUUCUCAGACGUCCUUAACACAGGAUGCAAACUGCGACAGGAUUAGUGUAUCCUCACUGACCUCAGGAGAGGCAGACUGCUCCUCGCUGCUUGAUAAUGACUCCUGUCUGGACCCAGAUGGCUUUACCUCCCCCCAGCAUGGCAGCGUGUCCCGACUCAGGAGGAGCCCUGUUGUUAGCCAUAAUAACCUGGGCAGCCCCAGCACACCCAACAGAGUGUUCAGACACAACUCCUUCUCUGGUGGUUUGGCACUUCCCUCCAAAACUCCUCACACUCCAGAUUCCUCCCCCGACACCAGCCGCUUCCAACCCACUCCCAAUUACACCAUAGAGGUGCUGAUGUCCAGUUGUUCACUUUGUAAGACGUGUGACUGUCUGGUGUAUGACGAGGAGAUCAUGGCAGGUUGGACAGCAAAUGACUCAAACCUCAACAGCACUUGUCCCUUCUGUGGCACAGCCUUUCUGCCUUUCCUCAAUGUGGAAAUUAAAGAUCUGAGACCACAGUGCAGGUCUCCGAAGGAAAGUAAUCCUGUUAAAGAAGAGGACACGUCUGCGUCACUCAAUCCCGAGGCCAAAAUGUCUGCAACAGACUGUGCAGCUCAGUCAUCUGCAGAUCCCCUGCAGAAGCAAGAGAGUGGUGGGAGUGCUGGGACAGCUGCGCCUGCUUCAGCCCCAGCCUCCUCCUCUGCUCCGGUGACGGUGCCCUACCUGAGCCCCCUGGUUCUGUGGAAGGAGCUGGAGAGCCUGCUAGUGAACGAGGGCGACCAGGCCAUCUCCUCUCCGAGUGUUGUUGACCAGCACCCCAUUGUGUUCUGGAACCUUGUGUGGUACUUCAGAAGGCUGGAGCUGCCGAGCAACCUGCCAGCUCUUAUCCUUGCCUCCCAGCACUGUAGCCAUGGAGACCAGACUCCUCAGAGCGUUUCAUCCGAGGACAGUAAGCAGGUGCUUGUGAGGAUUAUGUGGGACAACCUGAAGUUGCACCAAGAUAAAGUUCAACCCUGCUAUGUCCUGUGGAACACACACUGUGCCAACUCCCUAGUUCGCUCCGGGCUGUGUGAAGAAGGCCAGCUCUUCACUGUGGAACUACUGCAGGGUUUUGUGAGGAGCAUUAAGAAGAGUGAUGUCUAUCAGCCCAUGAGUCAGAUCAUCCAGCUGCUGGGGCCGGAGCUGGGUUUUAAGAGGCAGAGGAGCCUCUAUAGAGAUUUAUUGUUUCUUGCUCUAGUGGCUUUGGGGAAGAACAACAUUAAUAUAAAUGCUUUUGACCGGGAGUACAAGUUGGCGUAUGAUCGCCUCACGCCCAACCUGGUUAAACUGACACACAACUGUGACCGGCCCCCUGGAGCAGGGGUCAUGGAGUGCAGGCGGACUUUUAGGGAGCCCAGUCUGUAAACUACUUUUCUUCUAUCCCAGUUUUUCCCUCCGACCAUGGCCACUGCUGCUGUUUUUAGUUUGGGUUUUUUUGGACUGCUCUUAAGACUCAGGACCAGCUCACCUGACUGAGGCACAGAGCUCUUUAAAGCACAAUAGGGAAAUGACACUUAAUGCAAAGCAACUGCCAUGAGUUUCUCGUAUACUGUUAGAGCUGAGAGGCACGGAGUGACAGGUCUUUGUAAAUACUUAGAAAAGUCCACUGUAUUUUCAGGAUAACUGUAGUAAAAUGUUUGUAUAGUUAAUAUACAGUCUAUUUUAUGACUUUGUUUCUGUUGAAGCUGUGAGUACAUACGUAAAAGUAAGUUUAUGAUCAUGUGGUCUAAAUUCCUCAGUGGUCCUGGUGACCUUGUUAAGACUGUUGUUGAGUGUGUGUAUAAUAAGCACUUGCUUUUAGACGUUCAUGUUUUUACGAAGCACUUUGACAAGAUGAGCUUGCUAUUCAUUUUCAUUAACGUAAUGCUGUGCCCCAGCAGCGUACUCUUAAGUGACUUUUCUACUUGGUGGCUGCAGGACUUACUGUGCUGCUAAUGUUUCCAUUACAUGCAGUUCACAAAAGCAAAGAAAUUCCUCCCCAUCUGCACCCUGUAAGCCCAGCAGGGCCACGCUCAAAUGCCUGCACACACUAAACGAGACAGUAACAUCAAAAGAUUAUAAAACACAGUAUAACUUAGAGUCGUCAGUUAAUGUGUAUGCACAAUGUUUAUUCAUGUAUCCUUUUUUUGUACAAUGUACCAAAAGAACCCAAAAAGGGAGUAAUACUUCUAUGAUUUAUUUACAGUUUUUUAAGCAAUACCUUUUUUAAAGUGAGGACUGAAUAAUUUAUGUGUUAUAUGGGACCACCAAGGAUAAAUUUCCUUAAAAACAGUACAAUCAAACUAAUAGCAGACAAAUAAAAACUGAAAAUAAAAGUUUUAUGUUGGUUUAAACAACACCGUUUUUUGAUAAAGAAAUUCAUGUAUUGACAGUAACAGAUCUAUAAAAUUGUAUAGAGUAUUUGAUUCUAGUAUUUUGUAUAUUUCUUUUUGGUCUUCACUGUAUGGUGUAGAUGUCAGUUGUAGACAUUUGGACAACAGUGCACUGCUUAAGGUCAUUUUAACCACUUUUAAUAAAACUGACUGUUGAAAAAAAAAAACAACUGAACAGAUGGCAGUGCACCGUUCACCGUUCUUUGCACUGAGCAUAUAAAGAAACAUGUUGGUGUUAAGGUGUUAAGUUUGAAACACAGCUCUGACCUGCCCUCAUGCGAAAUCAUGUCCAAAAAUGAGUGUGAUUGUUCACUGUGUUAAUAUUGUCUUUCACCAUUAACUGACAAAAACCUGCCUAGAUUCUGUUUGUAGUGUGAUGCAGCUGCACAACUUAUUACUGAACUUCACAAUUACUUAUAAUGAUAAGAUGCUGGAUUAGAUACAGCUGUGUGCUUGGAAUAAACACCAGUCACAGCAUGUGCAUUUACAUUUCAGCCGUCUUCUAAGUUGUAACCAGUCACACACACAAAAAAAUAAUAACACUGAUGACCAAAACAUCACUUGAUGUCUACAUGUUGUUUACACUAUUUGUCAAUUUAAACAAUGUUUAUGAAUUAUUAUUUAUCAUUUGUAACACAGAUACUAAUUUGUAUGAUUUUUACAUUAAAAAAAAAAAAGAAAUCAAUUUUUUUUCCCUG